AUGCCAAACCAGAGCACUGAAGAACAAAUCAAACUGUUAAAUGACCGAAUAGCAGAGUUAGCUCUGAUUGUAUCGUUAAAAACACGAGAAAUGGAUGCGAUUGAGAAGAAAUACAAUGAUCGACUACAAACAUUGAAUAAAUAUAUUGAAAAUCUUCACGUAGCUCUGGGAACUCAGCCGCAAGAAGGAUCCAUAAGAGAUGUUGAUUUGGUGGAGAAACUACAGAGCUUGCAACUUCAAAAUGAAAGUGGUGAUGAUUUUAUUAUAAUUCCCACCAAAAAGGUAAUUUUAACACCAGCUCAAGAUAAAACUAAUCCAAAAGAGCAUAGAAAGGUAUUCGUGAUACCAAAGGAGACUACACAUCAUCGACGCAAAAAUAUUACUUGCUCAUAUUGUAAAGAAACAGGUCAUAAGCGAUCGCAGUGUCCUAAAAUUCUUUAUGGAGGGCACACCUAG